GGUGCGUCAAAGGUAAGAGCACUUCUGCUGCUCAGGUGACCUGGAUUCAGCCAAAUAAGGAUCGACUCCAACCGCACAUUUCAGAGGAACCUGUACCUUUUUAGCCUUGUAUUAUUUCCAUUAUCAACAAAGAUGAUCUUCCUCGGAGCAAUUGUGCUAACUGUGUGCGCCUUCAUAUCGAGGGUUGAUUGUGCCGCUGCAGGCGAUUGGUGUUAUCAUCUGCCAACCUGCAAUGACACCACCUGGCCAAAAACUUUCGCCAAAUAUUGUGAUGGCUCCCGACAGUCGCCCAUUAACAUCAACACACAAGCCGCAAAAACUGAUUCCAACCUGACAGAAUUCACCUUUAUCAAAUUCAACAGUGCCACCGCAUUGAAAACCUUUGAAAACACCGGCAAGACAGUCAAGGUUUUAUUAGAAAGCGGUAUUCAGAUUUUAGGAGGAGGUCUCUCCGAAGUCUACGACAGCCUGCAAUUCCACUUGCAUUGGGGAAAUGGCUCCUCAAUCCCUGGCUCUGAGCAUACAGUGGAUGGCAAGCGCUACCCCAUGGAGAUGCACAUUGUAAACGCCAAGUCAUCCUACAAUGGCAACACAACCCAGGCUGUUGGAGACUCCACAGGACUUGCUGCCCUUGGUUUCUUCAUUGAGGAAAUGUCAGGCAGCGAGACUGGCAAACCUGAAAGCUGGAAGAAGUUGACCAAGUAUCUGGCUAACAUCACAACCAAAGGUCAAACUUUUACAAUUCCUUCUGGAAUUUCAUUGGAUGACCUCCUUGUUGGCGUGAACCGCUCAAUAUACUAUCGUUACCUUGGCUCCUUGACCACCCCUGCUUGCAAUGAGGCCGUGGUUUGGACUGUGUUCAAAGAGCCAAUCAAAGUCAGCAAGGAUUUGAUUGACCUCUUUAGCACAACAGUACACAUCAACGACACCUCAUCACCUUUUAUGACGGACGUCUUCAGAAACAUCCAGCCAGAUCUCACAGUCACAAAAAGCUCUGCCUCCACAACCUGCUACUCUCUGGGGUUGAUGGUGCUGAGUCUUGCUCUGUGGAAGAAUUACUGAUCAAAGAAAAUCCAGCAACUUAUUUUUUUCCAGAUUAACCUGUUUUUGUCCUGUAUGAUCCUGUCUGACUUCAGCCUAAUUCAAGUUGUCAAUACCUAAAGUCUUUACUGGACAUCAUUAACAAUGUUAUCAAGUCAUCGUUCAGAGGACUCUAUAUGUAAUGGUGGUUACUGCUCUGAUGAGUUAGACCAUCAUAGUUGUCACAUUAAUGACAAUAAUUAUUCAUAAGCUUUUCAUUUGCAUACUUGCACAUCUUGCUUUCAAGAUAUGGACAAGAGAUAUCCAUUUUGAGCUGACAAGGCUAUAUUCAGGUGCCUGAGAAAGGGAUAUUAUACCAAGUUUACUGAGUAGCUUUAGUGUAUUUACUAGUGAAAUAAAUAAUAAAUAUGGGUAUUUAUAAAAAUUGUAUACAGAUGUAUGCUACUGGGAGCAGUGAUUGAUUAAUUAAUGCAAUCUGAGGGUUUGGUCAUGUUUAUAAUAACUGUAUUUGAAUAGAACUUAUCUUAACAAAGUUACAAAUUGGUUGUUACAUUUUGGCAACAGUUGUUGAUGCUUGAAAUGUUCAUUUUGAUGUUGUAUGUUUUAUAUUGCUUUGCUAUUUUUUGUUGGUGGAUAUAUUGGCACAUGAAAUGUAACCAAAUUGUCAAGCUGAUCAAAGUCUAACGAAGGUCUGAGGUAUAAUGAAGAACUGUGAUUUCUUGAAUAUUUAAAUUAAAAUGAUCUGGUGUCAGUCACUUUUAA